AUGCCUCGGAAGGGAAUUGAGGUUCCUUCUGUGUCGCAAGAGCAGCCAGCUCCGCGGACAAAGCGACUUCCGCCUCCGCCGCCCUUCUAUCUUCCUUUGAAUAUUGCACUCUACGUCUGUAUCAUAUCGAACGGUAUCGCAGCUUUCCUUGCACCCAUACAAGACUGCGAUGAGGUCUUCAAUUUUUGGGAGCCGACUCACUACCUGGAUCAUGGGUACGGGCUCCAAACCUGGGAAUACUCACCCGUGUACUCAAUCCGAAGCUGGUUAUACAUCUCUAUGCACGGCAUCGUCGGAAAAGUUGGCUCCUUCAUGGUUGGUAAAAAGUCCUCGGAGUUCUAUUUUGUUCGGUUCUUCUUAGCUAUGGUAUGCGCAGCCUGUCAAACCAGGCUGUACUCGGCCAUUUGCCGGACGCUGAGCCCUAGAAUCGGAUUACUGUUCCUCAUGAUCGUCGCAUUCAGUCCAGGCAUGUUCCAUGCCUCGGCUGCUUUUCUUCCUUCCAGCUUUACAAUGUAUGCAUCCAUGCUAGGUCUUGCUGCCUUUUUGGAUUGGAGAGGAGGGCAAAAGACCGCAAAGGGGAUUAUGUGGUUUGGUCUCGGCGCGAUCGUUGGAUGGCCGUUUGCCGGAGCUCUGUUGCUUCCUCUCCUUUUUGAAGAGGUCGUUAUCGGCUUUCUCUCAAACAACAUGCGGCAAGUCUCCUUCGACGUUCUGAAUGGGGCUAUCAGGUGCUUAGCAAUACUGGUCGCCGAAGUUACUGUUGACUUUAACUUUCUCCGCAGACUCACCAUUGUGCCGUGGAAUAUAGUCUCAUAUAACGUGUUUGGAGGCGAGGGUAGGGGACCAGAGAUUUUCGGCACAGAGCCUUGGACGUUCUACGUCAGGAACCUGCUCCUCAACUUCAACGUCUGGUUCUUGUUCGCGAUCGCUGUGGCUCCGCUGCUGCUCCUUCAAGCCAUAUUCCGUGCCCAGUCGACGAACAAAGAGACUUUGUUUAGGACUGUAACUCUUCUGUCGCCCUUUUACAUGUGGUUCGGCAUCUUCACUCUGCAGCCUCACAAGGAGGAAAGAUUCAUGUACCCGGCAUAUCCAUUUCUUGCGCUCAAUGCGGCGAUCGCGUUUCAUAUGGUUCUCUCAUACAUCGGCUCCAGCAAUCCGAAAGAGCUGAUCGGACGCGUCCCUGCAAAGUUAAAGCUUGCAGCAGUGAUGUCUGUGAUCUUGUUUGCCAUCAACGGUGGGCUUCUAAGGACUCUGGGUAUGAUCACCGCAUACAAUGCUCCGCUGAAGGUCCUGCAGCCCUUGGAGCAGGCGGGGGUAGCACAGCCAGGUGAUUCGGUUUGCUUUGGUAAGGAAUGGUAUCGCUUCCCUUCGUCUUUCUUUCUCCCGAACGGCAUGCGCGCCAAAUUCAUUCAAAGCGAGUUUCGCGGCCUGCUUCCUGGCGAGUUCCAGGAUGCUCCGAACUUUUCGACCUUGCUUGAGGGCACAUCUCGAAUACCGGAAGGUAUGAAUGACCGCAACGAGGAGGACACGGGGAAAUACGCCGACAUCUCUCAAUGUUCUUUCUUGGUCGACUCGCACUUUCCCGGUCGCGAAACUACAGGCUUGGAACCCAACUAUAUACAAAAUGAGGCGCAGUGGGAGGAAUUAUCCUGCGCAUCAUUCCUUGACGCUUCCCAUACUGGUCUUCUGGGUCGUCUCAUCUGGGUUCCCGAUUUACCGAUCAUCCCCGACCGAUUCCGCAGGAAAUGGGGUCAAUACUGCCUGCUGCGACGGCGCACCGCGGACCCUGAGCCGGAGUUAUUAUAG